CUAUCGAGUAAUUACCACACUCAUUUUUUUCUUUUCUUUCUUCACAGUAGACAACGUUUUUAUACCUGCAAACACAUGCAAAUGACAUGAAAUAGUCGCCAAGCAUCCACAAUACGACCCAGAACUUUAAUAGAAAGACGAUGUUUAUCUGAGCCACGGCCAGUAAAAGGAAAGCAGCUUUGAUAGCUGGAAAGAACCAACUAAACAUCAACACACGCAGACACGACACAACUAAACGUUUCCGUUGACCGUUUCACCAACAUCACCUGAAUGCAACCUGAGCGCGAGCCAUUACAUCGGAAGCCAUGGUAACCGCGGGACGCUUAGCUAGCAUGGCGCCGUAAAUGCUACUUCACUAGCUGCUCAAGCUAAUUUCUUUCAUUCUGUUCUGUGAGGUUAGGUUGGGAGUGAACGACGUUUUAAAGCAGUUAGCUGGAUUUUAGCCUCUAAGGGUUAAUCGGUGUUUAUUCAACACUUUACAGGCUAGCAUGUAUGCUAGCGUUAGCAGCACUCUGGCUGGUGUUUAGGGACGCUGCUAAUAACAAUACUUAUGGCUUUUUAUGAAGUUUACUCUCACCCGGCGGUGAUUCGGUACAAAACCAGCGUGUGUACAAAGGCCACCUUGUUCCUGGUGGUGGUUUUAUGCCUGACCUACAUCCCACCUCUGCUAGUUGCCUACAGGAGCCAAGGUUUCUGGAUAAAACGAAGCACUUAUGAAGAACAGCCAGCCGUGAGGUUCCAGUACCAGGUCUUACUGGUGGCUGGGACCAGUACUCAAGGAGAUAUUGUGGCCUGGAGCACCUUCGCCCAUCUUAACAACAUGCUUGGGAUGAAGCUACGGAUUCCUGCCGUCUCUGUGAGAGAGGAAGACUGGAACCAGGAUGGGAAGUUGGAUGUUUUCAGGUUUCAGCUUCAGCUUCCACUGAAACCUGAUGAGGAGGUUUACAGCGUUCAGCUGCUGCUCACCUUCAGCUACCAGCUCUUUCGAAUGUCCACAGUAGUGAUGCAGAGUCUGGCUCUGGUGCAGCACUCCUCUCCUGUACCCGGAGCAAAGCUGCUGAUCAGCGGAGACCUGAGGCUGCAACAGAGGACGCCUCUGCCUCACCGCGGACUCUACAACAUUUACAACGUGUCGCUGGUGGACGACUCCAGCCCCUUUGCAAGCGCCUACGACCUGGACAACAUAGUUAGAAGCUACCAGGAGAGAAACUUGACGACGGUACUUUCCUGUCCAACGCCAGUCUGGACUGUGGGAAGAGCUGCCGGUUCCCCGUUUGAGCUCAACCUUGACAUCCGUUACCCUGUCGAGGUCAUCAGUUACCGUCCAGGCUUCUGGGAAACCAUCAAGUUCGCCUGGAUUCAGUACGUCAGCAUCCUCCUCAUCUUCCUCUGGGUCUUUGAACGCAUCCAGAGAUUUGUUUUUCAGAACCAGGUUCUAACAACCGUACCCAUACCGGUGGGAAAACCUCAUCUAUCAUGAUGCAGUACUGAUGUUUCAGCUGCUGGAGCCGUUUACCACUUUUCUCCACGACUCUGAUCUUCGUCUUUUAGCUUCUUCUAGUUACCAACUAUACAUUAAACUCGAGUUAAAUUAUUUUAUCUGCGUCAUAAACCAGCUGAUCCUGCCCAGUGACACUAGUAGCAACAGCUGAUCCUUCUGAACUGGUUUCAUGUCUCAGCUGCGUAUUGUUGAAUAAACCUGCUCAGAAAUGUGAAAAGCUGAUCAAAGUCAGCAGAUUUCACACAACCGUGCUGCAAGCAAAACAAGAAAAGACAAAAAUGCACAUUUGAAGCUUAGUUUUUCCUCAGUAGAAAAUAAAUGUUUGUUUGCUCAGUAAACUGGAAGUUUCCGGCCCUGAGCUCUGCUCCUCACAGAUAGAUCCCUCCAGGCGUUGCUGUUAUCUGACUCAUCUCAACGGUUGCUGCUUUAAACUGAACUGCGUUUGGUUUUGGUUUUCUAAGUUUCCUUUCAGAUGUCACCAGCAAACCACCGACCUUGCACUGGUUCCAGUUUCUCUUUUACUGCUGAUUUCUAGUCAUAGAAACAUGAAGAGAUCCUCUGUAUUUUUUCUAUUUGUGUGUUUAUUACAUGUUUAUGUAAUAUGAAUAACUCAUUUUUCUAUUGUGCUUUACUGGAUAAACACAGUUUAUACCAUUAA